CAGCGGCAGCUCCUCCCUUCUGGCCAGAUGGACAGCAGAGCACGGGCUCGGGCUCCGGCUCUAGCAACCCUGAUCGGGCAGAAGCAGCCUUUUAUAGCCGGCACGCAGCUAUCCCAGUUCACACCUACACACUCCGCUCCCGGAGCACCGCGCUUCUGCCCGGAGCCGGCACUCCCACCUGCCCAGGAGCUGCAAGACCCACCCGGGAGCUGCCCAUGGGACCCCGCCGCCCAGCGCUGCUCCUGCCGCUGCUGCUAGCAGCCGUUUAUAAAGGUACUUUUGGGGAAGGCCAUUUUAGAAAUCGAAGAGGUAUUCUUGAAUUAGCUGGAGCCAUUAAAUGCACCACAGGAAGAUCUCCUUUUGCCUACCUACGUUAUGGAUGCUACUGUGGUCUGGGAGGAAGAGGAUGGCCCAAGGACAGAGUGGACUGGUGCUGCUUUAACCAUGACUGCUGCUAUGGUAAAGCAGAACAAGCAGGUUGUCACCCUAAGAUAGAAAAUUACCACUGGGAAUGUGAAGACAAUGAUGUUAUAUGUGAAUCGCUAGAGGAUAAAUGUCAAAAAAUGGCAUGUCAGUGUGACCGCGAAGCUGCCAAAUGUUUUUCUAAAGCUCCCUAUAAUGCAAAAUACCUUUUGUGGCCAGACUUUAUGUGUGGUGAAAUUCAGCCUUUGUGUAGGUAUUAGAUGUAUGACAUCAGUCUUUGUGGAAACUCUGUAUCUAAAUCUAAAAUGUCCUUUUUUGGUCAUAGUAGUAACCACAAAUGAUUUUCAUCACUUUCUUGAUCCUCCUUCCUACUAGCCUUUCCACCCCAGAAUGGCCAAACUAAACAUCUGUCCUCUCACCUUACCAUCUAAAAUCAACUUCAUUAGUUCUGUGUAAACUUUUACUGACCAAAUAGGAAUUUAUCAGCUUAUGGAGUAGCUGACUUAAUAUUUUAAUUAAUAAUCAGAUUCACAAUAUCAUACAUUGUAAAGUUUUAAACCCCCUUACGUGAGCUAUAAUAAAAUUUUCCACUAACGUAUACCUUAACAUUUCAUAACUUUGAAUUGACAGGAAGAAAUGCAUGAAGUGACAGUGUCAACACAAAGAUGUCUCUCAUCUGUAUUAAAAUUAUUAUGAAGCCUCAUUUAAAUUUUGCAUCUCAUUCACCUUAA